AUGAAAUUUUUAAACACACGCCAAUUGCAAUCAACACAAAAUGACACCAAAAACAUCCGCCAACGAAAAGAGAAGUUGAAGCAAAUAAAAGAAGAGAAAGAGGAUCAGCGCAAAGCAAAACUAAAGAGAAAUACAACUGCUAGUAAUUCGAUGGGGUCCAUGCCAAACAGUGCCUUGCUGGCCAUCUCCACAGAGCUGAGGAAUGAUAGUCCUAAUGCUACCACUAAGGCUUUGGAUUACCUUCACAGGAACCUUCAAGAGGUUAAUUUCUCCUCUACACCCAGAAAUGGCUAUAACAAACUUUGUAGCAGUGGUGUUAUGGUCAACAUUGUGAGGCAGCCUGGUGGUGAAUUUCGGCUGGGACAGGGUCUAAUAACUAGCAUAGAUCCAGAGGUUUUAAAGAAUAAGGGAAACGAGAGGUACAAACUUGGAAGAUUUGAAGAGGCCUUGGCUUUUUAUGAUCGUGCAAUUGCUAUUAAUUCAAACAAGGCAACAUAUAGAAGCAAUAGAAGUGCUACUUUGAUAGGAUUAGGCCUUCUUAUAGAAGUUGUUGUUGAAUGCAAAGAAGCUAUUAGGCUCGAUCCUUCUUAUCAAAGAGCCCAUUACCGUUUGGCAACAAUAUAUUUCAGCUCAGAUAAUUCAAAAGCAACCGAACCGAAAGCUCGAAAACUAAGAGAAUGGAAUAGAUUGCUGAAGGAAGCUGAGAGCGUAAUUUCCUCUGGUGCUGAUUCAGCUCCCCUGGUUUACAUGGCUGUCAGCAGGUUUGAAGAUGCUAUGGCUACGGCUCAGCAAGCAGCUCGACUCAAUCCCAGCAACGAGGAGGUUAGCUCAGUGGUAAAGAGUGCUAGAGCAGUAGCAUCUGCUAGAUUGAGUGGCAACUUGUUAUUCAAGGCAUCAAGAUUAACUGAGGCAUGUAUAACAUAUAAUGAAGGCCUAGAACAUGACCCUUACAACUCAAUUUUAUUGUGCAACCGAGCAACAUGUCAGUCCAAGCUUGGCCAAUUUGAAAAGGCUGUAGAAGACUGCACUGCAGCUUUUCGUGUGCAACCAAAUUAUAGCAAAGCCAGGCUAAGAAGGGCCCAUUGCAAUGCCGAGCUGGAAAGAUGGGAGGCUUCAAUUCAAGAUUUUGAGACGUUGAUAAGAGAAAGUCCAACAGAUGAGGAGGUGGGCUGGGCCUUGUUUGAGGCACAGGUUCAACUCAAAAAGCAACGUGGUGAACAUACCAAGGACCUCGAAUUUGGCUCUAAUUUGGUGCUUGUUUUCAGUUAUGAGCAUUUUAGACACUUUGUAACUUCACCUGGAAUGUCUGUGGUGCUCUUUUGUAACAAAGAGAAUGAUCAACAAGUGUUGCAGCUGAUGGAGCAAGUCUCCAAGAAAUUCCCAUCAGUCAACUUUCUCAAGGUUGAAGAUCACCCCUACUUAGCAAAGUCAGAGAGCGUGACACUUCUGCCAUCAUUCAAGAUAUAUAAGAACGGAUCAAGGGUCAAAGAAAUUCUAGGCAACAACCACGAAUUAUUAGUAAAAUCAGGCAGACAGAGAAUAACAAGUCAUUGCUUUUCUGACAAAUUAUUGCUUCGAAAGCUUUUCCACGACCAGUUGCCUCUAAUUUUUUUCACUGCCUUCCUUUUCUUCUUGGGGUAUGAGUACCCGAAAAUUCGAAAGGAAUUGCAUAAAUCCAACACCCGCCUUUUACAUUUGGAUGACCAACUAGCAAUUAUACUCUUAGAAGCAAACAGGGAUGAGGGACUUAGUAAGAUGGAAAAUGUAGCCGGAUCAGCAGGUUCAUGA